CAACUACUUCUUCAUAGCUGGUCGCCAAAGUGGAAACUCACUACUGUCUGGAAGACUUUGGAGUUCUCUCUUUCCAAUUUUUUUUGGGUGAACCCUCGUUUGGGUUUUCUUCAAAACUCUUGACUUUUGUAGAUUUUGCAGCAUUUUGAUCUUGGCAAGCGUCUGAUUACAUAGACAACACACAUGCGUAUGUGUUAAAGGCCUCUGAGAAACACAGUGAAUCAGUAGGAAGAUACUAGAAACAAACACGGCCCAUCUCCACCACCCAAUCUUGUUUUAGGGAUGCUUAAGAGAAUUAUUGUGGUUCUGUUGAUUGCGUUGCUAGCAUGGGCAUAUCAGACCAUGUGCCCUCCACCUCCCAAAACCUGUGGCUCCCCAGGUGGUCCACCCAUUACUGCACCAAGAAUAAAGCUUAGGGAUGGAAGACAUAUGGCUUAUAAGGAGCAUCGGGUGCCAAAAGAAACAGCCAACUAUAAGAUCAUCUUGGUUCAUGGCUUUGGUUCUUGCAGACAUGAUGCAAGAAUUGCAACAUUGGGAAUAGUGGAAGAACUUGGUGUGUAUCUUGUGUCCGUUGACAGACCGGGUUAUGGAGAAAGUGAUCCGGAUCCAAAACGAACCUUGAAAAGUUUUGCUUUAGAUAUAGAAGAGCUAGCCGAUCAAUUGGGACUUGGAUCCAAGUUUUAUGUAAUUGGGUUUUCAAUGGGAGGACAGGCGGUUUGGGGCUGCCUUAAGUACAUUCCUCAGCGUCUAGCAGGUGCAGCACUACUUGCUCCGGUUGUCAACUACUGGUUGCCUGGUUUUCCUGCAAACUUAACUAAAGAAGCCUAUUAUGAACAAUUUCCACAAGACCAAUGGGCUCUUCGAGUCGCUCACUACGCCCCGUCGCUCACUUAUUGGUGGAACACUCAGAAAUGGUUUCCCCCUUCAAGUGUUGUAGCUGGAAGGCCUAAACUCAACAGGCAAGAUAUAGAACUUAUUACAAAGCUUGCAGCGCAUCAAAAGCACAAGGCGUAUGCAAUGCAACAAGGAGAAUUCGAAUCCUUGCAUCGCGACAUGAUGGUUGGAUUUGGGAGUUGGGAUUUUGAUCCUAUGGAUCUUACAAACCCUUUUGUUGACAAUGAAGGUUCAGUUCAUCUUUGGCAGGGGGAUGAAGAUGGCCUUGUACCCGUUAAACUACAACGCUACAUUGCCACAAAACUUCCCUGGAUACAGUACCAUGAGUUACCUGGCGCUGGACACCUGUUGCCACAUUCUGAUGGAAUGGGUGAGGCAAUUGUCAAGUCACUUCUACUUGGGGAGAAAUGAGAAGCGGCCUUGGAUGAAAUGACUACAGUCAGGUUUUGUUGUCUUGGGAUUUGUGCAUGUCAUUCUUGUGCAGGGGCUAUGCUACUAUUCUCUGAAUCGGUCAAACUUUAUUGAAUGUCCCUGAAGAUUGUCAUUUUUAGUUGCUUUAGAACUUUAAGGCUAAACCUUGAAAUAAGAAACGCAAUUUUAAAUUUCUUGCAAUUUCAGAAAAUAAGUGUAACUAAUUUUGUAUACAAGUGAGAAGUCUAAAGGGCAAACCUUGAAACAUGUAUUUUUCAGCAGCACAGAAAAUGUGUAUUACCAGAUCUUGUUAUCUCCCGUCCUAAACUCCCUCUCUAUCGAUGAAAAUAAUAUGAAGUAUAGUUCAAGCUAUGAUGCAAUUCUCACCA